AGACGCGUCGUCGGAAUUUUGCUGGCCUAUUUAUUCUGUACCGUCGCAAACCGAAGUUUUAACCAUAUUAAAGUAAUUACUGAUAACCAAUUGGUUUUAUAAACAAUUAGAUCUAUAAUUUAUGAGAGUCUUUAAAUUGAUACAUAAGUGUUAUGUGAAGUGAUGAGGAUAGUUCUUAUUUUAUAUCGUGUGUGAUAAAUAGUGAUGAUGGGUGAAAGAACUGUGUGUACAAUAUUGUUUUUAUUGUUUAUGAAACAAGCAUUGGGUAUCCGAGUCUCCGAGCUCACAGUACCAAGUCAUGCAGUAGAGGGCGGGUCUGUCCUGCUGCAGUGCCACUAUGACCUCGAAGGUGACAUGCUGUACUCCAUAAAGUGGUAUAAAGACAAUAGGGAGUUCUUCCGAUACGUUCCCAGCAAUAGCGUGCCUUUCAGCUAUUUUCCAUUGCCUGGGGUUAGGGUUGAUGAAAAAGAUUCAUCAAGUAACGUCGUAAAGUUAGUAAAUUUGACUCCCGAGUCUGCGGGGCUAUACCGCUGUGAAGUCUCCGGCGAGGGACCGUACUUCGUCACUGUUUUUGAUGAGAAAAAUAUAAGCGUACACCUGUUGCCUUACGACCGUCCGCGAGUGAUAGGCCUACAAGAAGAAUACAAAGUAAGCGAUAUCCUAGCAGUAAACUGUACAUCGUCAAGAUCUCGACCACAGGCUCAACUUAAAUGGCUGAUCAACAACGAAGCGGCUCCUCGAAGACAUAUCACUGGACCGUGGUACAGAAUAUCUGACGAACGGCCUGAUGCCAGAGAAACAAUAUUGCAAUUGAGAUUUAUCUUGAGAGAGGAACAUUUUAAAAACGGUCUGCUACAGAUUAAGUGCCAAUCCGCAAUAGCCCCACUAUACCAAGACGAAACAGUGCAUCACAUUAUACGAGCGGAGGACAGCUUCUUGGAUCCAAUAUCUGACGAAGUGAUAAAUGAGGAAGUCAACAAGGUGUUCGGCCACACACAGAGAGAGGAGCGAGAGGAAAUACCUAUAGCGGAGUCACAAAAUGAUCGAGAUUCUGCCGCGGUUUUUCAUGCGACGUAUGCGUCAAUUGUAAUGAUAUUUUUACUACAAAUUAUUUUGUAAAUUCAUUAGUUUAUAGAUAUUUUUGUCCUUAAAUGUAAUAUUCAUAUUCAUGGAAUUUCACGAAAAACCCUGUGAUUUUUUUAAACACGAUUGCAUUAUAAAUGCAUUUAACACUAACUUUGAUAAUGCGUUAAAAUAUGAAAUUUUAUUUCCAAAAUGAACACGCAUUUAAGUGAUAUGUUUCUAUCAAUGUGAUAUUUUACGUAAAAAUAAUUUGAAAUACAAGAAAACAAUUAUAAUUUAAGUAUCCCAACUGCACAAUUUGUAGGGUUUGCUAACAUACCUACGCAAUUCCAAAUGAGCUUUAUCAGAAUUUUUAUAAAAUGUAGUUUUGAAUAAACGCUUGAAUAAAAGA